CUUCACUUUCCUCGGUUGCUACCUCUAUCUCUGUUUCCUUUUGUUCGGCUCGUUCGAAGAAAAAUUAAGAACGUCUCUUCCUUGCUAUCUCCUUCACCAAUUGGCCUGUUGAACAAUUCUCUUUCCAGAUCUGCGAUCGGGGCUCAUUUCAUCGUGCCUAUUUCAUCUGUUUCCAUCAGCAGCUAGUUUCAGUCCCCCGUCAUCGACAACUCCAUCUCCUCCGGCAAGCAUGGGGUUCCGGCGAAGAAGAUAGAUAACAGGCAAAAGAAUCUUUGCCGAAGAACCAAGCCCAACGUUGCUUUCAACCCUAAUCGAGGAGACUUCUUCAUUCUACAGUAGAUUUUCGUAAACUCUCAGCAAAUUUCUGGAAGGGGUGAAAAAUUAGGUAAUCUCCCCCUCCCCCCCCUUUAACUCGUUCUUGAACUGAGGGUUCGCAUCCAUCAAAUUCCUGCAGUGCAUCAAUGCGUUUUCUGCUUGUUUGGUCGAAUUGGUGUUCUUUACAUACCCUCAGGUUGAAGAAGAGAUGAUGCAGUUGCGGACAUAUGCAAGCCUCAGUCUGGUUGCUGCUCUGGCGGUUAUAUAUCAUGCAUUCAGCACAAGAGGCCAGUUUUAUCCAGCUAUGGUGUAUUUGUCCACCUCCAAGAUCAGUUUGGUGCUUCUUCUGAACAUGGGGCUAGUACUGAUGUGUAUUUUGUGGCAACUAACCAAGAAGGUCUUCCUUGGUACGCUCCGGGAAGCUGAAGUCGAGAGGUUGAACGAGCAGUCAUGGAGGGAGGUUAUGGAAAUCCUCUUCGCAAUCACUAUCUUCAGGCAGGAUUUUUCAGUGGGUUUCCUCGCUAUGGUUACAGCCUUGCUAUUAGUCAAGGCUUUGCAUUGGUUGGCUCAAAAGAGGGUUGAAUACAUUGAAACAACACCAUCUGUGCCGAUGAGGUCUCAAGUCCGGAUAGUAUCAUUUCUUGGGUUUCUUCUGCUUGUAGACAGUUUGUUUCUGUACAGCUCUAUAAAGUAUUUGAUAGACACUCGACAAGCCUCAGUUUCGCUGUUCUUUGCGUUCGAGUAUAUGAUACUGGCAACCACGACAGUGUCAACAUUCGUAAAAUACGUCUUCUAUGUGAGUGACAUGCUUAUGGAAGGACAAUGGGAAAGAAAGGCUGUGUACACCUUCUACUUGGAACUUAUCCGGGACUUACUUCACCUAUCGAUGUACCUAUGCUUCUUUCUUGUGAUCUUCAUGAACUAUGGUGUGCCCUUGCACCUGAUUCGAGAACUUUAUGAGACGUUUAGGAAUUUCAAAAUCCGUGUUGCCGAUUACCUUCGUUACAGGAAGAUAGCUUCCAAUAUGAAUGAUCGGUUUCCAGAUGCAACACCUGAAGAGCUUAACGUAAGUGAUGCUACCUGCAUUAUUUGCCGUGAAGAGAUGACCACAGCCAAAAAGUUAAUUUGCGGACAUCUUUUCCAUGUCCAUUGUCUCCGUUCCUGGUUGGAACGCCAGCACACCUGUCCUACUUGCAGAGCAUUGGUUGUACCGCCUGAAAAUGGUGCUAGUACAUCUGGUGGCCAACCUGGGUUGCGGUCAAACACUAAUCAAAAUUCCUCAAGCAGUGCUAGUACAUCUGCGCAAGGUUCAGCUGGUGAUGGUGCUGAUGAUGAUUUGAGCCGACAUCAAGCAAGACUCCAAGCAGCUGCCUCUGCAGCAGCUAUGUACGAGAGAUCAUUUGUGUAUCCCUCUCCGAACACUCUAGUGUGGUCUCCUGGGUAUGCUCUAUUUCCUGAAGGGCAGAGACCUUCAGCCAACAACAGUUCAGCAGCUGAAGGAGAAGUGAGUGUGGGUGGACAAUCCCAGCCCCCAUUUCAGUUCCAUGCCGGGCCUUCAAACAUGCCGUCUCUGCCUCAAGUCCCCCCAGUCAUGUUCGUUCCGUAUCAAGGAGCUGGUGGCAGUAAUCUGAAUGUAAGAGGACACAGCAGCGGCUUGGGAGGGCUGUCAAGUUCUGAGAUGGAAGCACAGAGAAAGUUUCUGCAAAGCCAGAUAGAGGCAAAUUCUUACCUCCUCUUUAAUUGUUUGUUUUUGGUGCUUCAGAGACAGCUCCAGCUUCUGGAGAAGCCCAAAGCAGAGGUGGAAAAGAUGGUACCAACCGACCCUGCGGCAUCUUCGUCGGAGAGCAAAGGCAAGGGGAUCGUAUCGUCUUCUUCCCCGGCGCCGGAAUAGGAUGACGUUUAACUAUCGCAUUUUUCACGACAGAGAUAGAAGACUGGCCUUUUUUUUUAUCUCUUACCUUCUUGUUCAGCGUGUAAUAUAGAUACAUAAUAUCGGAAAUCAAUGCAUUAGCCAAGUGGAAAAGAAUUUUUUCUCACGUUUCCUUUUUAACUAACAUUGCAUAGACAACUAGGGUUGUAAAGAGCCAAGCUUAUCAGGAGCAGCUGGUGGGUCGGUUUGGGGAAAAUCAAUGAGUCGAGAUUGAAGUAUGUCAUGUUCUGUAUGCAAGGCUUGUGAAUCAACUCGAUGAGCAAGAGAUUGAGGUAUGCCAUGUUUUGUAUGCAAGGCUUGUGAAUCAGCUCGAUUUGAUGGCUUGUUGAGUUUAAUUCGCAUUUUGACUCGUUUUGAGCAUAAGUUGGCUUUUUGUGUGGCUUGUGAGCGAGGCAGCUCGACUAAAUUGGGUUGAUAAUCAUUUAUAGAUCUGUUGAAUCUAUAUCUACAUGUAAUGUUUAACACUAUGGGCCAACACUGAUUAAUAAAGAUUCACAG